UCGUACUACUCACCAGGAGCUCCACUUCCAGAGAUAACUCCCUGCAUAGCUCUCCCAUUAGGAUAGCCAGGUCGGGCCCAGGCAACGGCUGUACGGCAGCAGGCGGCGGCGGCGACGUCAGGGCCGCCGCCACUGGCGUUGGCGUAGUAGCAGCCGCGCUGCUGGAGCUUUGGGGCGUGAAAUAUCGCGGAUCUGGCCCCGGGCUUGAGCUGUUCCAGCUCAGAGCGCAACCCAUCUCGUCGACAACUGCGUCGUCUGGGCUAGGCCUCUUCCCAUCAGGCAUGCAACAAGCGCGCGUGCAGCUGCCAGCCGUCGCGCUGCAGGUAGAAGCGUCGAAGGUGCUUUCGGACGCUGCGCUCCCGGAUGCCAUGAGCCAGGCGCUACAAGGCGGCUGCAACAUGAUCGUGCUCUGGGAUAGCAACGCCAACGCAGCGUCCAUGUAUGAUGCCGCGCUGCGGAUACAGGACCUCUUGCGUGGGCGCGCAGCGCUGCUGCUCGUCGAUCGUACGGACAUUGCACUUGCCGUGGGAGCGCAGGGGGUGCUGUUGACCAAUCAAGCGCUCGUGGGUCGCGUGGUGUCGGAUGAGGGGGCGGCCAUCACCGCAGCGGCUGACGGCGCCAACCUGGUGCUCGUCACGGUAGGUAGUAACGUCCACGGCCCCGGAGGCGGCGCACCACCCAGCGCAGCCGUGCUGGAGGCGUCCAAAUCGGGGCAGCGCAGCGGCAACGCCAUCCCGCUGUUGAUGAGCGUGCGGGCGACGGGUGCGGGCAGCGGCGUGGAGGAAGCGCUAGAGGCGGACAUCGACGGUGUGGCGGUGUCGCCGGAGGCGCUGCCGGAGGUUGCCCGGUGUUGCUUCGACCUGCCGGAGACCUCGAGCAUCAUUGACUACACCACGGCAAUCCUGACCCGCCUCAACGUCAAAGCUGCGACCGCCGGGACCGCGAAACGGCCCAAACAGCAGAAGCAGCAACAGCAGGCCGAGGAUCAGGCAGCGGCAGCGGAGCCCGCGACGGCCCAAAGCCGCCAGGCACACGCGUCCACAGCAGCAGCAGCGGCUGCGGCGCCGGCGGUAGUGGCGCCGCCGCCGCGCCAGCCCGUCCCCGCCAUUUCGCCGGCCGCUCCCUCGGCGCCGCGGUCGCCUUCGUCGCCGGCGCCGCUGUCCAGUCGACCGUUGCGGCGGCUGCUGGAUCCGGAGCGUGAGACGCUGCUGUUGGACGAGAAGGCGACGUUGGCGGAGGCCCUAUCGUUUCUGGAGGAGACCCUGCCAGGAGUCAGUGAGCUAUCCCUACUCCGAGACGCACUCAAGGCGCUGGACGAGCCGUUCUUGGUGGCUGUGGUGGGCGAGUUCAACAGUGGCAAGUCCUCAGUCAUCAAUGCGCUGCUGGGGAGGCGCUACCUCGCGGAGGGCAUCCUGCCCACCACCAACGAGAUCUCCAUCCUCAAGUACUCGGCCACUGCGGGAGCUACAGCCGCUACAGCCCAGUUGGAACAGCAGGCGGACGGACUGUACGUGAGGUACCUGCCGGCCAAGCUGCUGCAGGACCUCAGCAUUGUGGACACCCCUGGCACCAACGUCAUCCUGGAGCGCCAGCAGCGGCUCACGGAGGAGUACGUGCCUAGGGCGGACCUGGUGCUGUUCGUCAUGAGUGCGGACCGACCGUUCAGCGAGAGCGAGGUUCGGUUCCUGGAGUACAUCCGGCAGUGGCAGAAGAAGGUGGUGUUCGUGGUGAACAAGGCCGACAUACUGGACAGCGUCGAUGAGGUGGAGGCGGUCAAGGAGUUCGUGGCGCGCAAUGCGCAGCGCAUCCUGCGACUGGACCGACCUACCGUCAUUGCGGUGAGCUCGCGCGCCGCUCUGCGUGCCAAGCUGGCCGCUGCGGGACUCAGCUUCACGUCCUCACUGGACGCGGAUGGGCCCUUUUCUUCGGCGGCCGGGGAAGCGGCCUCCCUCGAGGCGGAGAGUCUGGAUGCGGCACUGCCUUCGUCCCCUGACUGGCGCUCGUCCAACUUUGCUGAGCUGGAGCGGCAGGUGUCGAAUUUCCUCGUUGGGCGAGGGGCUGGUGGCGGUGAGGGCGUGCGUCUGAAGCUGCAGACGCCCUUGUUCGUGGCGGAUGCCCUUCUGGGGGCUGCCGGGCGGCAGCUGGCUGUGGACCUGGCGGCCGCUCGUGCGGAGCUGGAGGGGCUGCAGCUGGUGAGCAAGCAGCUGACCAAGUUCCGAAGUGAGAUGGAGAAGGACGCGACGGCGCAGCGGGCGGCGCUGCAGCAGGUGCUGUCCGGGGUUUUGUCCCGCGCCGAGCGCUUCGUGGACCAGACGGUUCAGCUCAGCAAUGCGCCUCUGCUGGUGUCCAUUGCGGCUGGCAACAAGGAAUACCCGUUCAGGGCUGCGUUUGAAAAAGAGGUGAUCGGCAACGGCUUCGAUUCACUGCGCGCCGCGGUUUCGGAGCACAGCUCCUGGCUCCGCGCCAACUGCGACGCUCAGCGCGAGUACUAUGCCAGCUUCGCGGCAGCCCGUGGCGAGGCAGCGGGUGUCGUGACCAUCGCGCCCUCCGCCGCCAGCAGCAACGGCACCGCCGCCGCCGCCGCUGCUGGUGUUGCUGCCGACCGCACGCACAGCAAUGCAGAAGCCUCUACUUUUACCUCGACCCCUUUAGCUGUCUCAGCUACCGCCAUCACUGCCGCUUCAUCUGGCCCCUCGGCGUCCUCCCCGGCGCUUCUCGCCGUGUCGGAAUUCAACGUCCGGGCUAUUUCCACGUUGCUCGACACCGAGUUACAGCAGGCGAUGGCGACCACCGUCGGCACGGCGGCGGGAGCACCGCUGUUCGGGUUGUUCGCGAUGCAGCUCAUCCCCAACACCUUGGAGGACAUUCUUCUGGCGGGGCUGUCUGGGGCCGUCAGCUACGUCUCCCUGCUCAACCUUCCGCUUAGAAGGGCGGAUUUGAAGGGCAAGAUCUCCCGAGUGGCAAGCAACUUUGUGAGCGACGUGCAAUCAAAGAUGGAGGUGGAGGUGGCGGAUGAGGUAGCGGGUGUCAUGCGGGCGGUGGCCAAGCUCAUGGAACCCCUGGAGCAGGCGUACGGCACCGAGGUGGCGAGGUUGGAGGCGCGUCAGGCGGACCUGGCGAGGCUUGCAGACGGGCUCAAGGAUCUCCAGCGCCGUGUCGCAAACCUCGAGUGA